AAUUAAUGAAAAUUCCAUCUGAAAUUCCUUAAUCACAUGAUACUGCAGAUAUUAACUCUUAAGAAAACUCUCAUUCUAUUGGAGAUCAUGAAUCAGCAUCUUUAAAAGAUGAAUUAAAUAAAAGUUUAGACUUAGGAAGAAAAAAGCGAUAGUAACUUACAUUAGAAAAUCCAGAGUUUUAAAUUAAAUAAGAUAUUGAAGAUGAAAAAUAAAACAUUAAAGUUGAAACACUCAUCAGAAGAUAAUUAGCUACUUCUAUUAAUCUUAAAGAUCUAUGUAAUUCAAUCAAUUAUUAUAAGUAAAAUUGAAGAUUUCUUAAAAAGAUAUUAAAAAUCAUAUACAUAGUCUUUUUCGUUGGAUUUUAUUAAUUUUCUAUAGGGAAAAUCCUGAUUUAUAUAAUUGGUCAGAAUUUAAAGUAUGAACUGGCAAUAAUGAUUAGGAAUAAAUACUUGAAAAGAAUGAUGGUUAAGACUUAAUUAAUCGUUUAGGAUAUCAAAAUGUUGUAAAUAUCACACAUUUAGAUGCAGAAAAAACUUAGUUCUUGUUAAACUUGAGAUAAAAAAUAUUAGAAGAAAAUGCAUCACCUGAAGUAGCAAAAAAUGCUUUAAUACAAAUAUUUGAUAUUGUUGAGGUCAUAUAUAAAAUAUAUGAACAUACGAAUAGAAUUAAUAAUCUUGUUGAUAAAUUAAUUAAGGUAAGACAAAUAUUCAUAAAUUAUAAUAGUAGGAAGAUAAUAUAAAGAAUUACAAUGAAGAAAUUAAGAAAAUAAAUCAUGAAAUUUAAUAAGCCAAAAGAAGUCUAAAAAGUUUAGAGAAUAAGUCUUAAGAUGAUGACAAUUAAUUUUAGAAUGAUGAAAUCAUAAAGGAAUGA